AUGGAGUGUAAUGCAGUUAAUGGUGAUGCACGGAAACUUACGUAUGUUGAAUUUCCUACAAAGUUUGUUUGGAAUCGUGGUGAUAGGAUUUGGAAGUCAAGGCAAGUAGGAAAGUGCAUUGGUAGAAUUCAUUCGGUUUCACCUAAACUAGGGGAAGCUUAUUUCCUAAGGAUUUUGUUAAAUAAGGUGAAAGGUCCGAAAUCAUUCGAAGAAAUUCGCACAGUAAAUGGUGAAGAAUAUUCUUCUUUUAGAGAUGCUUGUUAUGCUCUUGGGCUCUUGGAUGAUGACAAUGAAUAUAUCGAUGCAAUCAAAGAAGCAAGUCAUUCUGGAUCUGUAUGUCUAAACCGGAGGUUGUUUGGGAAAACACAUGGGAAUAUUUGGCAGAUGGAAUUCUUUAUAACCAACGACAUAGAUUCAAGUCUCCAGUUAGCUCUUUGUCCUUCAGACUUAUCACUCAAUGAAGAUCAGCUUAAGAACUUAACUUUGUUCGAGAUAGAACAAGUUUUACUUCAGAAUAACUCGAGUCUAAAAAAUUAUAAAAACAUGCCUAUCCCGGAUCUUGAUUCUGUUUCUUCUUCAAACAAUCAACUUAUCACCGAGGAGCUAGAAUAUGACAUUACCGCUAUGAAGACCGAGUUUGAUCGUAUGUUUCUUGCAUUGACAAAUGAGCAGCGUCACAUUUUCCUUGAUAUCAUGAGUGCAGUUAAAGAAAAUAAAGGAGGUGUCUUCUUUGUUUAUGGUUAUGGUGGAACUGGUAAAACUUUUUUAUGGAAGACAAUAUCUGCCGCUAUUAGAAAAGAUUGUCAUAUUGUUCUAAAUGUUGCUUCAAGUGGGAUUGCUUCAUUAUUAUUGCCCGGAGGUAGAACAGCACACUCCCGAUUUAUAAUUCCAUUUGAACUAACAGAGGAUUCUGUUUGUAGAAUAAAUCCAGAUAGUGACCUCGCAAGCUUAUUGAGAAAAACCUCAUUGAUAAUUUGGGAUGAAGCUCCUAUGGUCCACAAGCAUGCAUUUGAAGCUUUAGAUCGAAGUUUGAAAGAUGUAUUCAAGUCUGAAAAUUCUAGCAACUCAGAUAUUCCAUUUGGAGGGAAAGUUAUUGUUUUUGGAGGAGAUUUUAGACAGAUUCUACCUGUUAUUCCAGGUGGAAGUAGACAAAACAUUGUUAAUGCUUCGUUAAGUUCUUCAUAUUUAUGGCAACAUUGCAAGAUCCAUAAAUUAACAAAAAACAUGAGACUAACUGUUGGAAGGGAUCAAUCUGAUAUACAAAAAAUCGGAGAUUUUGCAAAUUGGUUGUUGGAUAUAGGAGAAGGCAAACUUGGUGGUAUCAACGAUGGAGAAACGGUUAUUGAUAUUCCAGAUGAUAUUCUCAUUAAUGAUGCACAUGAUCCUAUAGGUUCAUUAAUCGAGUUCGUAUAUCCUUCAAUUUUGGAUAUGUACAACAAUACAAGCUAUUUUCAAGAAAGAGCAAUAGUUGCUCCAAAGAAUGAAGUGGUUCAAGAAAUAAACGAUCGUUUGCUAUUGAAAUUUCCAGGAGAUGAGGUUGAAUACUUAAGUUCAGAUAGUAUAUGCCAAUCUGAAUUUGUCCAUGAUCAAUUUGAUGCAAAUUUAUAUUCACCUGAUGUUUUAAAUGGUCUGAAAGUAUCGGGUUUACCAAACCAUAAGUUAGUUUUAAAAAUCGGUGUUCCAGUUAUGUUACUGAAAAAUAUUGAUCAAAAAAACGGCUUGUGUAAUGGAACAAGACUCCAGGUGAUUUCAUUGGGCAAACGUGUUAUUGAGGCACGUAUCAUAUCUGGAACUAAUAUUGGAAACCACACUUUUAUUCUAAGAAUGUCUCUAACUCCAUCAGAAAAGAAAAUUCCAUUCAAAUUUCGAAGAAGACAGUUUCCAUUGGCUGUAUGUUUUGCAAUGACCAUUAAUAAGAGUCAGGGACAGUCAUUAUCCAAGGUUGGUUUGUUUCUCAAACAUCCCGUGUUUUCACAUGGCCAAUUUUAUGUUGCUUUAUCUAGAGUUCAAAGUAGGGACGGAUUAAAAUUGUUAAUUUUAGAUAAGGAUGGUAGUCUCACAAAUAAAACUUCCAAUGUCGUUUAUAAGGAAGUUUUUGGGAAUUUAUAA